UCUUAUCUUUGUUGUUGCGCUGCGUGGACGUGAUUAUUUUGUUCGGAUCGCCGCUGUGUUGCUCUUUAUAAAUCUAAAUCUAAUUUCUUUUGUAAUACAUAUGUAUAUAUGUAUCGGCAUUGCGCAGUGAUAUAAGUAAAAAAUAAUAUUAAACUGCAUGCGUAAAAUACAUGUCUAUCAGUGAGAAGUGUGCGUGUGUGUGUGUUUAUGUGAUAUACUAGAAUAAGUACAAAAUGGAUGCAAGCAACGACGAGCAACAACAACAACAACAACAACAACAGCAACAGUACUUCGAGCACAGCUGGAAGUCGUCCAAUCAUGGAAAUUCCUUAUCAGACAGCAGGGAUUAUGAUACAAACUCGACGCGCACUUCGCUAACGGGCUCGCCGCCCAUCACGUCGUCAACGCUGCAGCUGGACUUUGAUGGUUUCGAGGAUAAAGCGCUGCUGGCAUCGCUGCUGGCGCCCAAGCUGGAUGCGGACGUUGGCAGCGGCAGCAGCAGCAGCAGUAGCAGCAGCAUUUACAGUCACACGGCUGGGGAGCAACAGAGCUCGGACGAAGCUCUGAGCCGCUACAAAUGCAACUACGAAAACUGUUAUCGCAGCUACAGCACCAUCGGGAAUCUGCGCACGCAUUUAAAAACACACACAGGUGACUACAGCUUCAAGUGUACGGAGGAGGGCUGCAACAAGGCAUUUCUCACCUCGUACAGCCUUAAAAUCCAUGUGCGCGUCCACACCAAGGUAAAGCCCUACGAGUGCGAAGUGUCCGGCUGUGAUAAGGCCUUCAACACGCGAUACAGAUUGCACGCCCACCUGCGUCUGCACAAUGGCGAGACGUUCAAUUGCGAAAUGUGCCAGAAGUGCUUCACGACGCUCAGCGACCUGAAGAAGCAUAUGCGCACCCAUACCCAGGAGCGUCCGUACAAGUGCCCGGAGGACGAUUGCGGCAAGGCCUUUACGGCGUCCCAUCAUUUGAAGACGCAUCGGCGCACGCACACCGGCGAGAAGCCGUAUCCCUGCCAGGAGGACAGCUGCCAGAAGUCGUUCAGCACAUCGCACAGCCUCAAAUCGCACAAGAAGACGCAUCUCAACAAGACCAAGAAGAAGUCGAAGCGUGCACAGAAAUUGCUGCUACUCGAACAACAGCAGCAGCGGGAGCAGCAGCUGCAGCAGGGUGAGCUACAAAAGACAGACAUGGUGCUACUCAAUCCGGGCAGCCAGAGCUCGGAGAACACGAGCAACGACAGCGGCGUUGUCCUGCAACAGCUGUCGAAUGUGUUCAUGCUGCCGGAGACAUCGCAGGCAUAUCCGCUGUCCUAUGCCGCCGAGGAGGAGCUGCCCAGUCCCUGGAUCGAUGCCGGCGUGCUCGUCUCCAAGCCCAUCAUGGCCAGCGCACCGUUGACCGAUGCCUGCGUGGCGCUGCCCACCGAAAUGCCCAGCUUUGUGGAUCUGAAGGCGAACUUUGGCAGCGCCGUCAGCGGCAACAUGGAGGAGCUAGCAGCGCCGCUCGACGUGGAAAUGCUGAACAGCACAAACGUGGAGGCGACAAACGUGUCCAGCUCUGCGCUGCCCACGCUCGAGCUGAAUCCGCAGAACAUUGAGGAGCUCCUCAGAGAUGAUAGCUAUGACAACGACGAGGACAUGGAAACCGAAUCGCUGCUCAAUGAUAUACUCAUGACCAUUGACAACAACAGCGCCCUGCUCCAGGCGACGCUGCAUCAGGCCUCGCAGGUGCCCAACGAUGCCUCCGGCCUCGUCGAGCUGGACAUCCGGGACAAUAAGCCAACGCUCAAGCAGAUCACAGCAGAUGCGGGCAUCUGCAAUUGCACCAACUGCAAGUGUGAUCAGACCAAGAGCUGUCAUGGCGGCGAUUGCGGCGGCGGCGGCGGCGCCUCCAACUCCACGCCGAGGGCCAAGCCAAUUACGACCACGACGACAGCAGCAGCCAGCUCCCAUGGCAAGCGCAUAUGCGGCAGCGCCGCCAGCAAAAAAGUGAGUAAACGCGAAGCGGAAAUGAAUCAAAACAUCGAGGAUGUUGCUUUGCUGCUCCAGAAUUUGGCCUCCAUGAGCGGCGGCUGCGGCGGCGGCGGCGCUGCUACCAAGCCAGCGGCGCCUGCAGCUGCCGGCGGCUGUGGUUGCGCCACAACAGGAGGCGCCUGUUGUGCUCCUGCUCCUCCGGCGCCUCCAGCAGCUGCCGGCGGCUGCUGCUCGAGCAACAAGCCCGCAGCUCCAGUUGCCGGCGGCUGCUGCAGCACGCCGCCUGCCCCCAGCGCCAGCUGCUGUUCGGUUAAGGCGCAGCCGCCGCCUGCAGUGAUCAGCGGCAGCGCCGCUCUGAAGAGCAGCUCCUGCACAUGCAAGAGUCCCGCUGAGGGCGUGGCCAAUGGCUGUUGUGUCGUCAUCUGCAUGAAAACGCUGCAAGCCCUGCGCAAAGUUCUGACGCGCCGGAACCUCAACCUAAUGCUUUGCCCGCAGCAGAAUUAAAUAAGGCCGCCGCCAGCAACAACAAUAAUUUUAACUACAACAACAAAGCCCAAAGUGUACCCCGAGCAGUGUUGUCAAGUGCCACAUAAAAAAAGUAGCUGCAAUCAAUGUUGAAAAUAGUCAAAAAUAGCUGAAAGCAGGGUCGUUAGUGCACUUGCCAAAAAAUGGCGGACAGCUUACAAUUUAAACUCCAAUGUUGAAAAUAGCCAGAAAUAGCUGAAAGCAGGGCUGUUAGUGCACUUGCCAUAAAAUGGCGGUCAGCCUAAAAUUUAAACUGUUAGCCAAAUUUAGCUGGAAAAUAGCUAAAUUGACAAACCAAAGCUUUAAACGUGUAACCAAGUAUUGUAUUGUGCCUAUGAGAAAGUAUUCCAUGUAAAAAAUGAAUGAAAAUUACAAUUAUUUUGUUAUUGUUGUUGUUAGUUGUUAAAUAAAAACAAAUGCAAAACCCAACGUCGGCUGGCCGCGCUCCAAAACUUAAACAAAAGCCGCCUACACUAAAACAAUCAAACUUAAUUCAAAUACAAUUAUUGCCGCUUUAACUCUAACGCUUAAGAUCUUAUAAGUAAUACUGCAGGCACCAAACUUUUAACACCUGUAUAAAAUAUUGUAACAUUUUUUAAACAAAACAAAAAUUAAUGAAACUUAGCUUCGGCAUGCCGAAGUUGAAAUGCUCUUGCAGUUAGGCUUGGUAGCCAAUUCUAAGCUUUCUUUGAAAGUAGAUCAGUUCUUAAACCUAUUUUCGGUCUGACUUUAAUCCGUUUUUGUCAAACUAUUAAAAGUUUACUACAAUUUAUAAGUGCAGCUAUAUCAGAUUUCGCGCUAUAUUCAAUCUGAUCAGGCACAUACAUGUAUAUAUGCAUACAUACCCUAUGAUUUUUAUCUCCCUUGGAGCGUUACACAACACUCGUCACAUAGUACUUAUGAACCCUGCAAGGGUAGAGCAGCAAACAGUUAACCGUAACGCCUUGAAUUCAACAUGAAUUGCUUUAUAUACGACUACUUGAUGUAUACACUAUAUAUAUUUUAUAACUGACAUUAAACCAACUGUAUAAAGUCGAAUAAAAAUAUAACUAAAA